AGACUUGUUGAUAUCACUUGGCUAAACUUCAAAACAAACUAACUAGCUUUCAAAAACAUUUGUAAAAAAAGGGAAAUGGCUAGCUGCAGUAUGGCAUCUGCUGCUACUGGAUUUGUGGUGGCACCAAAUGUGACUAGUAGUAACACAAACACAGUCAAGUGCACCAUGGUUAUGUUUUCUUCAAAAAAUACUAAUAGUUCUAGACUUGUUGUAAAGGCAGCUGCUGAUGAGGGUGGUGCACCACCUGCUGCAGUUUCUACACCUGCCAAAGAAGCUGCACCUAAGCCACCUCCAAUUGGACCCAAGAGAGGAGCCAAGGUGAGAAUUCUCAGGAAAGAGUCCUACUGGUUCAAAGGUGUUGGAUCAGUUGUGACUGUUGAUCAGGAUCCUAAGACACGUUAUCCAGUUGUUGUGCGGUUCAACAAAGUCAACUAUGCAAAUGUAUCAACAAACAACUACGCGUUGGAUGAGAUUCAGGAAUGUUAGAUGAGCUUCAUGUUCAUGUUGCCAUUGUAGAAUCGAGAAUCCUUCCAUUACAAUCUUUUGCAACAUUUUCUUACUGAUUGAUGUGUAAAAUAGCUUCUCAGUUUAUCGAGUGUCUAAAUUCUAUAUAUGGUUUAUCAACCUUGAUUUGAUUUGAA